AUGGCAGCUACGAUAGCGACCGACCGCCCUUCGCGCUGCUUCCCCUUCUGGCAAGAGGUUCUCGCCUGCUAUGUUUCCAACACAAACCCCGAAGACGACCGAGGCAAAGUGAAGUGCCAGCCCGCCCUUGAAGAUUACUACGAGUGCCUACACCACAAGAAAGAGGCCGCACGUACUCAAGCCCUACAAGCCGCGUACCGCAAAAAUGAAGCCAAAUUCAAGCGCAACGAUGUGCCCAGCGCUGGCGAGAUACGGCGGUUGGGCGUCUUGGACGCGCCGCUCGAGGAGAAGAACCUCAAGGCCAGCAAGUGGUUCCCGCACAAGGAGAUCAACUAGCGGAGGAGUUGCUUGCACGGUUUUCGAGGCGAGGGAAGGGGAAUGUAUGUAUAGUGGAAGGCUGCUCGCGAAAGCUGAGAGAGAGUCAGAUGGACAGAGUACUUGGAGUUGGGAUCGGAGGAAUCUGAAUACGAAAUCGGAUACACAUUUACUUUUUCAUCGUUUGUUUCCCAUCUUCUCCGUCCAUCCG